GCUCUAGGAACCCGGAGCCGCGCGCGAGUCUAGGGGAUAGGAGAGUGGCGUCCUCGGGCCGCGGUGGCCAGAAGAGGGAGAUGGCGGCGCGAUGGAGCAGCGAGAAUGUGGUCGUGGAGUUCCGCGACUCCCAGGCAACUGCCAUGUCUGUGGACUGUCUGGGGCAGCAUGCAGUGCUUUCUGGCCGCAGGUUCCUAUACAUCGUCAAUCUAGAUGCCCCUUUCGAAGGUCACCGGAAAAUCUCUCGCCAGAGCAAAUGGGACAUUGGAGCUGUACAGUGGAAUCCUCAUGACAGCUUUGCACACUAUUUUGCCGCUUCGAGUAACCAGCGGGUCGACCUGUAUAAGUGGAAGGACGGCAGUGGGGAAGUCGGCACCACCCUACAGGGCCAUACUCGCGUCAUCAGUGACUUGGACUGGGCAGUGUUUGAGCCAGAUCUCCUGGUCACCAGCUCUGUGGACACCUACAUCUACAUUUGGGAUAUCAAAGACACAAGGAAACCUACGGUUGCACUAUCUGCUGUAGCUGGUGCCUCCCAAGUCAAAUGGAAUAAAAAAAACGCUAACUGCCUCGCCACCAGCCACGAUGGGGAUGUGCGGAUAUGGGAUAAGCGGAAACCCAGCACAGCAAUGGAAUAUCUAGCAGCCCACCUCUCCAAAAUCCAUGGCCUUGACUGGCACCCAGACAGUGAACACAUUCUUGCCACCUCCAGUCAAGACAACUCCGUCAAGUUCUGGGAUUACCGGCAGCCUCGGAAAUACCUCAAUAUCCUCCCUUGUCAGGUGCCUGUGUGGAAGGCCAGAUACACGCCUUUCAGCAAUGGAUUAGUGACAGUGAUGGUUCCCCAGCUUCGGAGGGAAAACAGCUUGCUCCUAUGGAAUGUCUUUGACUUGAACACCCCGGUCCACACCUUUGUGGGACACGAUGAUGUGGUACUGGAGUUCCAGUGGAGGCGACAGAAGGAAGGGUCCAAGGACUACCAACUGGUUACGUGGUCCCGUGAUCAGACCUUGAGAAUGUGGCGGGUAGAUUUCCAGAUGCAGAGGCUCUGUGCCAAUGACAUAUUGGAUAGUGAUGAGUUCAUUGAGAGCAUUUCUCUUCUGCCGGAACCAGAGAAGACCCUGCACACCCAAGACACUGAUCACCAGCACAACUCAAGCCACGGGGAGGAAGAAGCCUUAAAGGAAGAUCCCCCUAGCAGUCUCCUGGAGGAGAGGAAGUCAGAUCAGCUGGGCCUGCCGCAGACUCUGCAGCAGGAGUUCUCCCUUAUCAAUGUGCAGAUCCGGAAUGUCAAUGUAGAGUUGUGGGCUUGUGUCUUGCAGAUGGAUGCAGCAGAUAGGAGCUGCACAGUGUCUGUACAUUGUAGCAACCAUCGCGUCAAGAUGUUGGUGAAGUUCCCGGCGCAGUACCCCAACAACGCUGCCCCUUCCUUCCAGUUUAUUAACCCCACCACCAUUACGUCCACCAUGAAAGCUAAGCUGUUAAAGAUCCUGAAGGAUACCUCGCUGCAAAAAGUGAAACGCAACCAGAGCUGUUUGGAGCCCUGCCUGCGCCAGCUCGUCUCCUGCCUUGAGUCUUUUGUGAACCAAGAAGACAGCGCUUCCAGCAACCCAUUCGCACUCCCAAACUCUGUCACACCACCCUUACCAACAUUUGCGCGGGUCACCACUGCCUAUGGGUCUUACCAGGAUGCCAAUAUCCCCUUUCCUAGGACUUCUGGGGCCAGGUUCUGUGGAGCAGGCUACCUGGUGUACUUCACAAGGCCCAUGACAAUGCACCGAGCAGUGUCUCCAACAGAACCCACUCCCAGAUCUCUCUCGGCCCUAUCUGCCUAUCACACUGGCUUGAUUGCACCCAUGAAGAUUCGCACAGAGGCCCCCGGCAAUCUUCGAUUGUAUAGUGGGAGCCCCACUCGCAGCGAGAAAGAGCAGGUCUCCAUCAGCUCCUUCUACUACAAGGAGCGGAUGUCUCCUCGCUCUGCCCGGCGACGUUGGUCCAUACAAGCAAUUAACGACUUCCCGAAAUCAAGGAGAUGGAAAAGUAAGCGCGAGGGUUCAGACUCUGGCAACCGACCCAUCAAGGCUGCUGGGAAGGUCAUCAUCCAGGAUGUCUCGUGCCUCCUUCCUGUUCACAAGUCUCUGGGAGAACUGUACAUAUUGAACGUGAAUGAUAUUCAAGAAACAUGUCAAAAGAAUGCCACUUCUGCCGUGCUUGUUGGAAGGAAGGAUCUUGUCCAGGUUUGGUCGCUGGCUGCAGUAGCUACAGAUCUUUGCCUUGGUCCGAAGUCUGACCCAGAUUUGGAAACCCCCUGGGCUCGGCAUCCAUUCGGACGACAGCUGCUGGAGUCCCUGUUGGCACAUUAUUGUCGGCUGAGGGAUGUUCAGACCUUGGCUAUGCUCUGCAGCGUGUUUGAAGCCCAAUCUCGGCUUCAGGGGCUGCCGAACCCCUUCGGAUCUUUUCCUAACCGGUCUUCCAAUCUCAUGGUGUCCCAUAGUCGAUAUCCCAGCUUUACCUCGUCGGGUUCCUGCUCCAGCAUGUCAGACCCAGGCCUCAGCACCGGUGGCUGGAACAUAGCUGGAAGAGAGGCUGAGCACAUGUCCUCCCCAUGGGGAGAGUCCUCUCCAGACGAGCUCCGCUUUGGGAGUCUCACCUACAGUGACCCUCGGGAGAGGGAGCGUGACCAACAUGACAAAAAUAAAAGGCUUCUAGACCCCGCCAACACCCAGCAAUUUGAUGACUUUAAGAAAUGCUAUGGAGAAAUCCUCUACCGCUGGGGUCUGAGAGAGAAGCGAGCAGAAGUGCUGAAGUUUGUGUCCUGUCCUCCUGAUCCUCACAAAGGGAUUGAGUUCGGUGUGUACUGCAGCCACUGCCGGAGCGAGGUUCGAGGCACACAGUGUGCCAUCUGCAAAGGCUUCACGUUCCAGUGUGCCAUCUGCCACGUGGCCGUGCGUGGGUCAUCCAACUUCUGCCUGACCUGUGGGCAUGGUGGCCACACCAGCCAUAUGAUGGAGUGGUUUCGGACACAGGAGGUGUGUCCCACAGGGUGUGGGUGCCACUGCCUGCUGGAAAGUACUUUCUGAGCUCACAGACAGUGAGCCUGGUGGAAAUCCCAGUGGACUCUGCAGGGCCAGUGAAAACUCCAGAUGGGGGUCAUCCCUAGCAGCUUGGAGCAGGUUUCCGUUGCCAACUGUCUCAGCAGCUGCUCCCUGGGAGCCUUUGCGGUCUCUUUCCUUUGGCUGCCCUGGCAUGGGCAUCACCAGCAGAAGGGAAGACAAGGAUCACAGAGCUGGACUCUGCUCCUGCUGAGCUACCACGGUGGAAGUUUUCAUGAGGGAAGCAGCCGCCUGCAGAGCCAGUGUCACCUCCAAGGCGUGAGCCCUGCGCCACCUGCGGGCUCUGCUGGCGCCAGUGUAGAGACCAAGGCAGCUACAAAAGAGUCUCCUGAGCCACAGGGCAGUGGGUAUGAUUUAAUUGACAAGUGAGCCCAUGACAUCUGGGACAUCAGAAGUUACUGCCUUUAAAGAGCUGAUGGACAGCGACCAUCUGAAAUAUGAUACUAAAAAUGUAAAUAUGUGAUGUACUUAAAGAUUCUUAAAAUGUAUUUUUUUAUCUCACCUCCAGCUGCUUCC